AGGGCCGUGCUGAUUAAUCAAAACAUCACACACAAGCAGAAGAAAUAAACACACUUAACCUUAUCUUCAAACCCCGCGAAAAAGUGUUGUUUCCCAUGUGCAAGUGAUCGCCUCAAACAUGAAAUUUUUAGUCAAAUCUAGUGGAAAGUGUGGUCGAUUAGGAAUUAUCAGUAACUUGCCAAAUCGGCAAGGAGAAACAUUUGAUACACCGUUUCUUACAAUUUACACGCGGGGUGGGAAUGUACCUCACAUUACUCAUGAAGUGCUGCAACUGAUUACAACAGAGAAUCUAAUGAUGCUCAUGCCCUUGCCAACUAUAAUGACAGCACUAAGAAGUAUAGAGUCAUGUGGUCAAAGCAUAUCAGAGUUUGUCGGUCUUAAGGAAUAUCCUUCCUAUAUUACGCCUCAGGAUCCAGGUAUUGAAACACCAUCUGGAUAUAACAAAGGAGAUGAGGUCGCUGUCUGGACCAAAAAUGGAAAACGAACUGUGGAUCCAUCAAAGUAUAUGAAUAUGAUUGAAAAAAUGAAACCAGACAUGUAUCUUGCCUUGUGUGAUGGAGAUGUCAAUUCAGAUAGUAGUAAGAAGCGCAUAGUAAAGUCUAUGACAAGGACUUCCAAGCUGUUCAAAGACUGCUACAAUUAUCAUCAAGCUUCUACAGAAUUACAAAAUGUAGCACUUCUGGCACCCAUAGAAGGUGGGUAUGACUUGAAUGCCAGAAGAUUAAUAUCAGAAGAGAUGGCAGUGUACAAUGUUGAUGGAUAUGUCUUUGAUGGCUUUCACACAAAUGGGCUAACAGUGGAAAGUAUUCCUUGUAAUGCAGUGGAACCUAUAAUCAGAGAAUGCUUGGAGCGUCUUCCGAAAGAUAGGCUGAGAGUGAUACAUGGUGCCUGGAGUCCUGCCACGUUAUUAAAACUUGUGGCUCUAGGUUUUGAUGUUUUUGACACUUCUUUACCUUUUGUGUCUACUGAAAGAGGUUCUGCACUUGUGUUUCCCUUCAAUGAAAACAUGGCCUUAUCCACCCCUUUCAUCAAUUCUUCCCAAAAAUCUGGAAAAGAUACAAACUCCAGUGGACCUGAAUAUGAACUUAGUAUAGAAGAAGACAUCUACAAAGAAGAUUUUCAACCUAUUUUGAUAGAUUGUAACUGUUUGACUUGUAAACAACACACGAAAGCCUACAUACAUCAUUUAUUGAAAUCACAAGAGUUGUUAGGAAAAGUGCUUUUAAUGAUGCACAAUCUCCAUCACUAUCUGGAGUUCUUCAAAUGCAUCCGCACAGCUGUCAAGAAUGAUUCACUUGAAACUCUCUGUCAUCUAGUGGAAAGUCAUAGAGGACCCUUGUGAUUUAUCAUGGUAAAGAACUCAUCCUUUUCAUUGUGGCAAGGUUAGUGAUUUUAAAAUUCCAAAGUUAGGUAGUAUCUAAUAGUACUAAAGGGGAAACAAAACACCUACUAUCAUAAUCUAUCUAAAUCAGGUUUGUUUUUAACCUUUUUUAAAAAGAAAGGAAAGACAAUCCACCAUUAUUUUGUACUAUAUUUUGAUAGCACUUUUUUCCUUGGAAGUAGUAUUUAUUUUCUAUCACCUUGUUCACUCAACUCAAAGAACAUUUUAAACGUAUAUUCGGUAUUGUAUUUUGGUUGGGCUGUCAUGAAAGAAAUCAUCGAUUUGUUAGAGUAUUUACAAACCAUUUAAUUUAUCAUUUAUCUUCACUUUAACAUUCAAAUAAAUAUUCAGUAUUGCACACGAGGAUUGUCCCUGAAAGGGAGCACUUGGACCAAUUCAUGUAUAAGAGUUACCUACCUCUUUUUAACCAAAAAUUAUUGUAUAAUGAAUAAACCAAACAUCACUUA